CCUAAAUCGAGUAUGCAGCCGAAACAGCAACAAAGUAGAAAGAUCUUCGGUGACUUGCGUCUCUUGAGUUCGAUGGGAAGAGUAAGGGAGUCAAUUCUCGUGAUUCUUCUACUUUUUCCUCUUCUUCUCCAUCAAUCACUCUCUCAGGUGUUCGAAGCAUCUAAAUCUACUAGAUUUGUUGAGGAAGAAGUGCGAGGUAAUGCUCCAGAAAUACAUUGUUCCCGACAUAGAAGUCGAGCAGCUUGGCAGAUUAUACAAGAUUAUUUGACCCCGUUUGUGGAACGGGAAGGAUAUCAAAUAUCAAAGAAUUGUAGGCUUCAUCCUGAUAAUGAUUUAUAUAGAGAUCAGGAACUUCAUAAGAUUCACGUUGAUAUCUUCGAAUGGAAAUGUGGUUACUGCAAGAAAAGUUUCACUGAAGAGAAAUUUCUUGACCAGCACUUCGUCACUAGGCAUUACGAUCUUUUAAAUACGACUGGUACAAAGUGUUUAGCCGACCUGUGUGGAGCAUUGCAUUGCGAUUUUGUAUUGAGCUCCAAGAAACCCAAGAGCAAGUGCAACCCUGCAGCUAUUGCCAAAAACCGUCAUCUCUGCGAGAGCGUUGCCAACAGUUGUUUCCCAGUGAGUCAAGGUCCCUCAGCUAGCCGUCUUCAUGAACAUUUCUUGCGACAAUUCUGUGAUGCUCAUACCUGCACUGGAAGAAAUAAACCGUUUCCUAGAGGAGGCAAGAAGAAAUCGGGUGUCUUCUACCUCGCCAUAUCAAUACUGACAUUGAUGCUACUCCCUCUCUUUUAUCUGCUGGUUUUCUUACACCAAAGAGAAAAGAGAAGCGGGACACAAGAGUUGCGUCGGAUUAAAAAAGCUGGGAAAAAAACAAAACCAUCGUAAGAUGGUGAGCCUCAAACUGGUCAUGAAAGAGCAAAGGGGUGUUUACAUCCGAUAUUCGUUCAGUGAAUCACAAAUCUUCCACAUUGCUUCCCUUUCUCAAGAGCUUUCCUCAUUUGGUGUUUAUCCUCAAACAAGGUACUUUAUGGAUUCCCAAAAGAGAGUGUUACUUUGGGGUUUUGAAGCAGGUUUCAAUGGAUAUCAGAUGGGUUUCCAAAGACAAAUGAUUUCUCUGUAAGGUUAUAGAAACAGAUGAUUCCUUUCACAGUAAUAGGAAUAGUGAUCUCUCUGUAAUUUUAUCGAAUAUUCAUACAUAUCAAUGGUAACAUCAGUUUGAAA